UAACAAACUAAAUUCUUUGGAAGUACCUGCUGUACCUGAGCACUCAGCAACGCCAUUUUAAAUGCGAAAUCUAGUACAAGGAAAAACCUAAUGGAGGAUCUAUCUUGCAAAUUUUCAGAUUAAAAUAUGUCAGAGGGAAGUUUAAAGUGAAAGUCAUAAGCCCUUCAUAAAGGAAAACCAGUGCCAACCAAAAUGACCACGGCACACAGAAUCUCAACAGCAGACGAAGAGCUCAGGAUUGUGCUGCUGGGCAGAGUUGGAGCUGGAAAAAGCAAAGUGGCCAGAUUCCUGUUGGGUGGCAAGGGGCCUAAGGGUGAGAUAGGGUCGUGCAUUUUACGUGAGGGAGAGGCUGCAGGAAGAAGGAUCUGUCUGGUGGACACACCUGGAUGGAAUCCUCGAGCUAUUUAUAAUACGUCUGAGAAAAUUAAAAAUGAAAUUGUCAGAAGCGUGACCCUUUGCCCUCCAGGACCCCAUGCUCUGAUUCUGGUGUUGCGUGUCGAAAGCCUUAUUGAACUGCCUUCUGUAAAACAACUUAAAACAGCAAGCCGGCACAUGGAGCUGCUGUCUGAAAGGGUCUGGAAACACACUAUGGUGCUGUUUCUAUGUGAUGAGGAAGUGGAGGAUCCCACAAUCGAAGAGCACAUUCAGAAUGCAAGCAAACUACUGGACAAAUGUGAAAACAGACACUACGUUCUCCGCUCUGAAGCCCAGAUCCCUAAGCUCCUCAAGGAAAUACAGAAGAUGGUGGAAGGAAACUGUGGUGAUUUCUUCUUGCCACAGAUUUUCUAUGACUACAUAUAGAAGAACACGCCACAAAAUAUUACAGAGGUGAAAAAAAUGUAUGAGGACAGAGAAGAACAGCUGAAAAGGGGGUAUCAGACAAGAAUUGCUGAAUAUAAAAAACAGGCCGAGGAAAAUGCACUUAGGCAACGACGUGGAAGUGCCGAGGGGGACCGUCCGAGCAUGAAUGAAGAUGACCAGCCAGUGGACAUUGUGGCAAUUAAAAGCAAGUAUCGGGAUGAGAUACAAGCACUUGCACGACAUUACCUAAAACCAGCAGCACUGAUAGUACUGGCUACCAUCGGUGCUCUUGUCGGAUCAGUGGUUGGAUCUGCAUAUGGAGUCAUGUGGUCAGGAAUGGGAAUUGUCAUUGGGAUCGUGGUGACAAUUCCACUCGCUUUGUGGCUGAUUGGUGCUGCAAGUCUGGCCAGAGACAGUUCAAAUAUUCUGCAACAGACAAAACACAAGACUUAAAGUGACCUACAAAGAGCCUAUGUGCCUUUCCGCUAAUAUUUAUUACACAGGCUUUUCCAGCUGCAUAUUAGAAAGGUUAUGUUUAUCCUUUCACACUUCUGGAGUUAUGCAGGGAUGUGCAGAAGGGCAAGACCCACUUCCCCUUUGGCUUAAGUAAAAUAUAAUGCUGCUAGGUCAUUUCCAUCGUGGAAAUGUCCUAGUAUGACCAUUGUGACUACUAGAAUCUGCAGAAGUCUGCUUUUUAGACACUCCAAAUGCAGAAACUAAUUGUUAGUUACUUUUCCAAUUAACAAUGUUUAUGAUGUAUUGAUUGUACUAUUGUUUGUCUCUAACUACAGAUUGUUGGAGCUAAUUAGAUCUCACUUGCUUCCUCUGAGCUUUCCAGCCCGGUUGGGUUUUUUCUUUUCUUCUGACUCCUUUUAUUGAAGAAUUUGAUGCCCCACUUCUCCAUGUAACAACACCAACAAUAGGUACUUCAUUGUGCAGAUGACGUGAUCUUAUGCAGAGACAUAUUCUUCCAAAGUUCUCGAUCAUGUAUGUUUCUGUCUGUACUUUUCAGAUUGUUGACUGGGAAAGGUGUGGGCUCUACCACAUAACUUAACAAUUUUAUCAAUAACAUUAAAGUUAAAGAAGGGUUUGUAUCUAAAAAAAAGUUCCUGACAUUUAUAUCCUUUGCUGUUCUGGGAAUUUAACGAUACCAUCGUAUUCUGGAAGGACUUCCAAAGAUUGACAAAGAUUCUAUUUCUGUUUUACAAUUAUUUUAUGUAUUGUUUACAUAAGCGUAACUUUCAACAGAAAAAAAUUUUUUACAGUUUGUUUAUAGAAUUGUUGGACGUUUUUGUUACCUCAGGUGACACGAAAGCUAUCAAAUGUACCCACUACAAAAGUAGCCUAAUACGCUAUAUUUUGUUAACAGUGUGACCUGUACAAUGUAUUGUUCUCUGUGUUUUAUAUACUUUUGGCACUAUUGGAAAUUAAUAAAAAACCUG